AUGGAUGAAGACAGCAUACAUCAGCUGGUAACGUCGUCUUUCAACGUAGAAAGUAUUUCUCAUGCAAAAUGUUUGCUUGUCGAAUCCGUUCCUAAUGCAAGAAAAAUGCCGGUGAGGCGUAAAGAUGGGAAGAAGAGAAUGUCUCGAGACCUGGAUGACAUAAUUUGUCUCAUGAAAGGAAUGGAUGCCGAGGUAUUCCCUGUGUUCGUGGCAAAGGAUUUACAUAAGGUGCCUAGUGUGAGUUUCGAUCAUAUUGAUUGCACUCGUCUGUUAAAAGACAUAACGAAACUUCGGAAUGAAGUCAGUUUGUUACAAGAAAACGCCGUUACAAAAGAGAUGUUAGAUGCGUUUAAAAAGGACUUGGGACGGGCGUCUAUUAUUAUUGACAACGAUGCAUCUCAAGAUCAAUUUGUCAAUAAAAGGAGAGGAGCGGGUAUGCUGGAGAGCUACUAUGAAAUGUGCAGCGGCCCUGUUGGCUUGCAGUAUGUUCCUAUGAAUAUAAAGGCUAAUAAUGCGUCGUCAUCGUCGUCAUCCAGAGCGAAAAAUCACUCAACGCCAACUAAGAAUGAACUAUCGCCCGCAAGCAUGCAGUCUGUCUCUUUUCAAUGCAAGCAAGCGAAUGGAACAGCGAAAGACACUAGCAGGCACGUGGAUGCCCGGACCGCGGUUUCGAACAACCAGGUAGGUAUGAGUGAAACCAGUAAUGGGUGCAGUACUAGGCGCUGCGGCGAAAGCGGGACAGCGACGGGGGGUGGUGAAGCCCAGCCACAGGGUACCGCGGUUUCGACUGGACCGGUUAGUGAACUUGAACUUGAUUGUGCGUGCGCGUCGAUCGACAAGUCGGCGAUAUUACCCAGUGUAAAUUCGAAAACAGCUGUUAUUAAUAUGUUGCCUUCUUUGUUAUUAAAUAAAAAUGUCAGUCAGGAUGCUAGGAACUGCUCACAGGUAACUAAAGAGAAUUCUGAAUGGCAAGUUGUUCAGUCAAAAACUGCCAGGCGAUAUAAACUUAUCGGUCAAAAAGGCCGGGCUUCUGUAGCGCCAGACGACGAAGGAAUUAAAUUGGACUACUUAGACUACACAGUUGGUGCCGUCGUAGUCAGCUUAUGUAGUUUAGUAGUAGCCGGCAGUUAUUAUGAUAUUAAAUUACGAAGAGCUACAGACAAUGAAAAAGUUUCUCCAGGGCAGGGCGUGGUUUUCUUCGCGUUCUUGCUCGCAUUCGUUUUAUACUUGGUAGUGGAGGCGCCUGCGAGUCGGCUGUUAGCAAUGUUACAAGAAAAGACUUCAAAGGAGAAGAAGGAAAUG